GCGGUGGUGAGUCCAACUUCUCUGUCUUCCUCUCUGCUCACAUUUGAGUGUCUUCUUCUGACUCCUGUGUUUCUUCCUCCUGGUUCAGUUUCUGGCAGACUUGAGUCUGAUGGACGUGGACUUGUUGGUGCGACACGACUCGUCUAAAGUGGCAGCUGCAGCUCUGUUCAUGGCCAACUACAGAGUCAACAGAGAGAACUGGCCUGAAGACCUGGAAAACUUCUCUGGUUACUCCUUGGAGGACCUCGCAGAGUGUAUGGAAACCAUGUACAAGCUGGAGCUGCUUCACUCAGAGCUCCCUCUACAGGCCAUCAGGACAAAGUUCACAAAGUCAAUGUCUGUGGUCCAGUGUUGUUCACCAUCUUCACCUGUCUGCACAGCAUCGAUCUACAACUCAGUGUUCUGACCGAGCUGGACUGGAUCUGAACUCACGUUCAACUGUUUUUAAACAUGUUCCUUCUGGCAGAACGUCACCUGUGUGGAACACAAGAGUCACUGUUUCUGAGCCCAUUUUUAA